AUGAAUGGGACCCACCGUCACCAUCUCCUUCAGCUGGUGUUAUCGUGCCGUAAGAUCACGGCGCAAGUGACUCAACCAGGAACCUCCACGAUCGUAGCCAUGGCCUCAUCCUCCGAGCAGGAGUUUCUAGCGCAGAGCCGCGCCAAUCUCUACCGAUACCCUCGUUCUAACAAUUUCUGGGACUCGAAGACGGCGUCGCGCGUCGGCGAGAAGCUUGGGCUUCGUCUGAGGGAGCUCGGUGUCGAAACAGUCUCAAUUGAUGCGGACGAGGAGAUCUCUCGACCCAUGCACCACCGCAAAAGGGUUCUUCCGUUGUUUGACUCCGUCCGUCGCACCGGAAUCAGAGUCGACGGAACUGAGCCGUUGACCGAUAUCGGCUCAUCCGUCCCCAGAGAUUAG